ACCCCUUGACGCUCUCGCCAGCGUUCGCCCUACCGCAGCACUGCACAAUGCUGCGGCCGCGCGUGCUGUUCUGUCUCUUCAUCUGGCCCGAGCUCCGCGAGGGCCGUGAGCCAUGGCAGCCUAUUCUAGAUGCCAUUCGCAUGCGUCCGCAGCUGGACUGGCUCAUAAUCAUCAACCCCAACUCUGGGCCAGGCGAGAAUCCGCCGCAUGAGGAUUACCUGCGUGCACUGCCGUUAUUGCGUCAAGCUGCGGCACCGGGACAAGCGGUCGAGCUGCUGGGCUACGUGCGCACUGUCUGGACACAGCGCGGCGUCCACGACGUGAAGCGCGACGUGCGGCAGUAUGCCAGCUGGUCAUCUUUGGGUCCCGAAUACGCGCUCAACGGCAUCUACUACGACGAGUCGACCUGGCACGAGGGCGCGGUGACGCACUACGCCGAGCUCGCAGCCUUUGCUCGCACGCUGCGCUGGGACGCAUGGAAGGCCUUGCCUGCGCAGGCGAGCAGCUCGGCAAGAAGUGAUCUUAUUGCGCUCAAUCCCGGAUGCAACGUCCACGAGGAUUACUUCCAGUUCGCAGACCACAUCGUCGUGCACGAACAGACGGUGCAGUCGUGGAUGCCCGGAAGUCUCCUCAACCGGCCGUACUCGCACCGCAGCAUUCCGUCGCACAAGUACGCGCUGCUGCUGCACGACGGGCCACUUGGGACCGCAGCUGUGGCUCCCGGCGGCUUUGCCUCUAGCAUUCCGCAGCAUCUGGCCUUCAGCGUCGACACGCCAUGCACGACGCAGGCAGUGUCGGAACUUGCGCUGCGUCGCGCUCGCGUCGGCGCCUUUUUCCUCACGUCUCUCUCGCUGGAGAUCGAGGACAUCUACGCUGCGUUUGGACGCAAUUUCGAGGAGUGGCUCGACGCAUUCGAGCGCUGCCUCUAGCUUUACCCGACAGUCGACGGGCUCGCGCAGCCGUAGCCCGGAGCUAUCCUCGCGCGGCCCCUCGGGUGCUCGUCUCCUCCCCCACAUCCCACAUAGACGGCCAGACGUGCCGAACAUUCGCCUUGCCCCCCUUCAAUCGUUACCCCGGCACUCAGUCUUGCUGCGCAAGCAAGCCGCAUCAGAG